AUGCUCGUCGACGCCGAGUAUGAGGAGAAGCAGGAUGUUGCCAUUAUCUCUCCCGACGAUGCCAUGGACGAGGCCGAGCAGGAGCCCAAGCCGCGCGCCGACGACCUCGAGGCCAUGAAGAAGGCCUACCUGCCCGAGCUUCCCGACCUCGAGACCGAGGCCGAGGCUGCUCACACAUGGGAGAUCAAGGAAUGGAGAAAUAUGGCCCGCCGGGAGCAUGGCCCAGUCUUCAAGUGCGCAGACCACCCGUGGCGGAUACUGUUCUUCCCGUACGGAAACAACACGGAUCACGCCUCCUUCUACCUCGAGCAGGGCUUCGAGGACAAGGCGCCCGAGGAUUGGUACGCCUGCGUGCAAUUCAUGCUGGUGCUAUGGAAUCCCAACGACCCUACCGUCAACAUCCAGCAUUCUGCAACCCACCGCUUCACGGCCGACGAGGGCGAUUGGGGUUUCACACGCUUCGCCGAGCUCCGCAAGCUCUUCCAGGCGCCCUGGGACGACCGCGAUCGCCCGCUGGUCGAGAACAACAGCGCCAACGUCACCGCAUACGUCAGGGUUAUCAAGGACCCUACCGGCGUCCUCUGGCACAACUUCGUCAACUACGACUCGAAGAAGGAGACUGGCAUGGUUGGACUAAAGAACCAAGGUGCCACCUGCUACCUCAAUUCCCUUCUCCAGUCGCUGUACUUCACCAACGCUUUCCGCAAGGCCGUCUACCAGAUUCCCACCGAAAACGAGGCAGAGCGCAGCAACAGCGCCUAUGCCCUGCAAAGACUCUUCUACCAGCUACAAACCAGUAAUGUUGCAGUAUCCACCAACGAACUCACUGCAUCCUUCGGCUGGGACUCCAGGCAGAUCUUCGAGCAGCAGGACGUCCAGGAACUGUCCAGAAUUUUGAUGGAGCGCAUGGAGGAAAAGAUGAAGGGCACCGAGGCCGAGAAUGCACUUGCCAAGAUGUUCGUGGGGAAGAUGAAGACUUACAUCUCGUGCAUAAAUGUUCCCUACGAAUCAUCGCGCAUCGAGGACUUCUGGGACAUCCAGCUGAAUGUUAGCGGUAAUAAGAAUCUCGACGAUAGUUUCAAGGACUAUAUCCAGGUUGAAACCAUGGACGGCGAGAAUAAGUAUUUCGCUGAGGGCUAUGGUCUUCAAGACGCCAAAAAGGGCGUUAUCUUUGAGAGCUUCCCGGACGUCUUGCAUCUCCAGCUGAAGCGUUUCGAGUACGACUUCAACAGGGAUGCCAUGAUGAAGGUCAACGACCGUUACGAAUUCCCCGAGGUCUGGGAUGCUGCGCCAUACCUAUCCGAGAGCGCGGACAGAUCAGAACCCUAUCUCUACCACCUCCAUGGCGUUCUUGUGCACAGCGGAGAUCUCAACGCCGGCCAUUAUUACGCUUUCUUGAAGCCCACAAAGGACAGCCCCUACUUCAAGUUUGAUGAUGAUCGCGUCACACGCGCAACCGUCAAAGAAGCUCUGGAGGAGAACUUCGGAGGCGAUUAUACAAAUCUUGCCAAUGGCAACGCUCAGCAACGGAACCCGUACACCCGUACUUGGUCGACUAAGAGAUCCAUGAGCGCCUACAUGUUGGUAUACAUCCGGGAGAGCCGUCUGGAUUCUGUUCUCCCAGGGGACGAAGAAGUGCAGCCCCCUGCACAUUUGGCACAAAAGUUCGCCGAAGAGCGGGCAGCCUUCGAGAGGAAAAAGAAAGAGCGCGAGGAGAUGCAUCUGUACCUGCAUGUCGCCGUGGCUACUGAGAAGAACUUCACUUCCCACCAGGGAUUCGACGUAGCGCCGUGGUCCAAGGAUGUCGAAGGCGACGCAUCACCGAAGACGCACAAGGUUUUGAGAACCAUGACGAUUGCUGAUUUCACCAGUCUCGUAGCUCAGGACAUAGGCGUUGAACCCAAGCUCCUCCGGCCUUGGGCUAUGGUCAAUCGGCAGAAUGGAACGGUUCGUCCCGAUGCUCUGAUCGGCGUCCCUGAGAUGACUGUCGAAGAAGCUGCCACCAAGUUCGGCACCAAAUCGGGCAACUUCAAGAUAUGGAUGGAGCAAACGAACGAGACGGAUGCUGAAGGCAACGCUGUGUUUGGCGAUGUGCACGUUGACCUCCACGGAGUUGCGAACAACAGGCCGAUCAUGCUCUAUUUGAAGUAUUUCGAUCCGGACGAGCAAACCCUCUUUGGAAUCGGCACCUUCUACGCAGCCUGGCAGGACAAGGUCAUGGACCUGUCUCCGCAGAUUUUGAAGCUUGUGGAUCUCCCAGCCGGCACUAACUUGAAGCUGUUUGAGGAAAUCAAGUCGAACAUGAUUGAACAGAUGAAGCCCAAAGUCACUCUUGCUUCGUCGGAGAUCCAGGACGGUGACAUCAUCACGGUUCAGAAAUCGCUAUCCGAAAAGGAAGCGGCGGCCAUCUCCAGCACUGGUCGCUACACCGAUGUCAGAGAAUUCUACGACUACCUGUUGAACCGAGUACACGUGCACCUCGCCCAGAAGGGCCAGGACAAGGACAACGACACGAGUUUCUACAUGUGGUUGAGCAAGAAGAUGACAUAUGAUCAGUUUGCCGCCAAGGUAGGCGAGCAUCUCAAGGUGGACCCCACACACAUUCGUUUCAGCACAGUCAACAUCUCCACUGGAAAGCCUAAAUUGCCGAUCAAGAGGACAGCAAACGUUACGCUCAGUCAAAUACUCUAUCCCAGUGCGUACCCGACGUAUGGCAACGCGCACAACCAGAGGGUAGAUGCCCUGUACUACGAGAUUCUCGAGUACAGCUUGUCCGAAAUGGAUCAGAUGAAGAGCAUCAGGGUUUCCUGGCUACCCGAAGGCGUAACAAAAGAAGAGCAGUACGACAUCCUUGUAGCCAAGAUGGGGACCAUGGAAGACUUGAUCAAGGGCCUGCAGAAGAAGGCCAGCUUGGACGAUGCAACGGCCGCCAAGGUGCGCCUUUAUGACGGCUCAAGUAAUCGCUUCAAGCAGGAAAUCCCACGAGACAAGGGAGCAUUGAGCAUUCCCGAGUUUGCCACUCUGUAUGCGGAGAAGUUGCCGGAAGAGGAAUCUACAAUAGACAGUGAGGCCGGUGACAGCAUUAUCCCGUGCUUUCACUUCGACAAGGAGCCGACCAAGCCGCACGGGAUCCCCUUCGUCUUCGUGGUCAAGGCUGGCGAGGCUUUCAAGGAUACCAGGGAACGCCUCUCCAAGCGCACUGGCAUCAAGGGCAAGCAGCUCGAAAAGAUCAAGUUUGCUGUGGUGGUGGGCAACGGAGGGUUUCCCAAGGCCGAAUACGUCGAGGACGAGGACAUUCUUGCCGAGAAGAUUAGCAGCCACCAGGAGGACGUUUCUCUAGGCCUGGAUCAUGUCAACAAAGCGCGCUCGACGUGGGGCAAGUCGGACUCGAUCUUCAUCAAAUGA